ACCUCUGCAUCUGCUUCCUCUUUCUGGUCACGUCGUGGGCGCAUAAAGACGCCGCAGACACCGCCGAUCGUGGGGAACCAAGACCAUAGUAGAGUGCCGACGUCAGAGCAUAGGUCCAAAAAAGGAUGCCCCUACUGGGUCCACGCGCCGCACACUAAGCAGGUGCCCAUCCAAGUCCUACCUAUAAAAGCGCCCAGGGAGCUCUCCAAGUCAUCAGUCGGUGGUUCAGCCUUCCCAUAGAUACACUUCCAUCACACCAACUCCACCAUGGCAAAGUUCCAAGUAGUCCUCGUGGUUGCGGCCCUUAGCUUGCUGGCCGUUUCUGAAGCCCAGAAGCAGCGCUACUCGCAGCGCUUGAGCCGCGGACGUUCGAGGUAUUCCGCUCGCCAGGAACUGGCUCCCGCGGACGGAGGCGAUACGGACGCUGUGACGCCCUACCCCUCGGCCGACGAGCUGAAGCCGGAAGUGCCGUUCGAUGAGGCGGCUGCUCCCUCCGCCGCUGAGCCCACACCGGAUGCCGUUUACGGACCGCCCGAUGCUGCGCCCAACAACGUUCCCGACGAGGUGUACGGCCCGCCGGACGUGACCGGAAACGACCUGCCCGCCGCCGCUGACAUUCCGGCGGAGCAGCAGGCUCGCUUGGUGGCUGCCAGGAGGGCUGCCAAUUACCGGAGAAUCGCUCAGCCCGUGGCCUAUCGUCGUCCGGCUUCCGCUGCAGCUCGUCCGGCCAAGUUGAGCGCCCGCUCCACCGUGCGACGAUUCUAG